UAUCUAUAGCCUACAUCUACAACAUGUUCAUGUUUCCACGCGUCAUUUUAUAAUUAACAACAAUAACAUCAUCACCUAAAAAUAUUUUCAUUAUAAAAAACAAAAUAUCAUAAAUUAGAAGUAUAAAAAAAUAUUAAAAUUAUUGCUCAAUAAAAUUUAAAUAUAUUUUUAUCACAAAAAUACCAAAGUAAUGACACAUAAAUAUACAUAUUUAAAUUUGAAUUACAUAAUUUUUAAAAUCUAAUAACAAAUGACACGGUUUUGUAUUUAAAAGGCUUUAAAAUAAAAUAAAUUUUAUCUAAUAAAUUUCAAUGACGUCUAAAUUGAAAUUUAUAUCUCCUGGUGACAGUUCAUGGCACGAAGAUAAACCUGAUAUUGAUGCACAUUCAGGAACUCAAUUUAUUUACAACGCAAAUCAUUCAUUGGCAAUAGAUCUGCAGCGUAAACGUCUUCCUAUAUUUAAAAACCGCUCCGAAAUAAUUUAUCUAUUGGAAAAUUAUCAAACACUUGUGCUGAUUGGGGAAACCGGUUGUGGAAAAAGUACCCAAGUACCCCAGUAUUUAGUAGAAGCAGGAUGGAGUACAGAUGGAAAAAUAAUUUGCAUAACAGAGCCGAGAAGAGUUGCAGCAACUUCUUUAGCAAAUCGAGUUGCGGAUGAACGCGGGUGUAUUCUUGGUACUGAUGUUGGUUACUCUAUAAGAUUUGACGACUGUACUGACGAAACCACUAAAAUUAAAUAUAUGACAGAAGGAAUUUUGUUAAGAGAAAUGAUGAGUGAUCCUUUACUUACUAAGUACUGUGUAAUAAUACUUGACGAAGUACAUGAACGUACUUUAUUGACAGAUAUAAUUAUGGGAUUACUAAAAAAAAUAAUACGAAAACGCAAGGAUUUAAAACUCAUCGUUUCUUCAGCGACUGUUGAUGCUGAAGAGUUACGAGAUUAUUUCAAUUUAAAUGCAUCAAAAGAUUCAACAAAAAAUACAGCAGUUAUAUUAAGUGUUGAGGGACGUCUAUAUCCUGUCGAUAUAUUUUAUGUCAAAGAACCAGUACCUGAUUAUGUAAAAGCAGUAGUGGAAACCGCAUUAAAAAUUCACGAAGCCGAAGACCCUGGUGAUAUUUUAGCUUUUCUUACUGGUAUGGAUGAAGUGGAUCGAGCUGUCUCUCUUUUAUCUGAGCAUGCAGAUCUCAUCAAAGAUGGAAAACAUAAAAUUAUGCCACUACCAAUGUACGGAUCCCUACCAAAUGCAGAUCAAUUAAAAGUGUUUUGGAAAGCGCAAAAAAAUACACGUAAAAUUGUUAUUGCUACAAAUAUUGCUGAGACCUCAAUUACUAUUCCAAAUAUUGUUUACAUAAUUGAUUGUGGUUUCGCUAAACUUCCAUGGUUUGAUGUUGAUACUCAUACAAACAGUCUGAUUGUUGCUCCAGUAUCAAAGGCAUCAGCUGACCAGCGCGCUGGUCGUGCCGGUCGUGUUCAAUCAGGAAAAGCCUACAGACUGUAUACAGAAAGUGCGUACGAUGAUUUUAUUGAAUCAAAUCCACCUGAAAUGCAGCGUUCAGAUUUAGCACCAGCAAUUUUACAACUGAAAGCACUAGGAAUAGAUAAUGUAUUGAGAUUUAAUUUUCCAUCGGUACCACCGAGUAAAAGUCUAGUUGCUGGAUUGGAAUUACUUUACGCUUUAGAUGCUAUUGAUAGAGACGGUAAUUUAACGAAACCAUUGGGAUUUACGAUGGCUGAAAUGCCACUAGAACCAGUAUUUGCUAAAUGUUUAUAUACUUCAGGUGAAAUGGGUUGUUCUGAUGAAAUAUCAACAAUACUAUCAAUGCUUCAAGUGCAAAAUAUAUUAAUACGACCAUCAAGUGGUCAAGGAUCCAUAAAAGCACGUGUUGCACACAGAAAAUUUGAAGUUGAAGAAGGUGAUCUAAUUACGAUGUUGAAUAUAUAUAAAGCUUAUGAAAAAUAUAAAUCAUCAAGUUGGUGUCAAAAAUAUUUUUUAAAUGUCAAAGGAUUGAAACGCGCUACGGAAAUACGUAAGAAAAUGCGUGUUAUGAUGACAAAUUUAAAUAUACCAAUUACGUCAUCUAAUGGUGAUUUAAAAUUAAUUUUGCGAUGUCUUACUGCUGGUUUAUUCCCAAACGCCGCAUUUUUACAUUACACUGGUGUUUAUAAAACAGUUAGAGGUGACAAAGAUUUAUAUAUACAUCCUAAUAGUUGUCUGUAUACAAUCCAACAACCGCAAUGGGUAUUAUUCUGUGAAAUUUUACAAACAACAAAAACAUACAUGAGAGAACUGACGAACUCUACGAGCACGAUAGCCUGUGGUCACGUUUUUGGGAUUUAUUAAUAAAUUGAUUCCAUCAUGAGUAAUAUAAUUUCUGCAUUAUGAAUAUUUACAGUCUGGACAAUAGGAACUUAAAGUUCACACAUCAUCCGCUUACAUUCUUGAAAAAAAAUAAAUUCAAACAUCACAUGAUUUUCGAAUUAUUUAGCACUCAUCGAUAAUUCAAAUGUAAUUUAUAAAUUGUUUGUUAUUGAUCGCUUAGUUUGGUUGCAAGUCUCUGAUCACCAUCACCUUU